GCUGAACAGUAGUGUGGGGUUGGCGGUGGUGUCGGGUAGCGGUGAGUUGGGUUGUGAAGGAGGGAAGGGAGGCAGGCAGGCAGGCGCGGCGUGUUGGGCAGCGUGUGAAGAGUUAACCGGAGCGGAGACGAGGGGCGGGGGGUGAACACACAGCCAUACUUCCGAACUGUUAAAGGGGAAUCAUCCAAAAAAAAAAAAAAAAAAAACAACAACAAAAAAGACAAGACGAUUUUUUUUUUUUUAUGAACAAGAUUAUUAUUAUUUUUUUUUAACUGCAGUUAACUUAAAUUACCAAAUGUUGCUAAUUAAGAAGCAACAAGAACAUUGUUUGCAAAGCGUGAAGAUUACUAGCAACUGACAAAAACUAACAAAUACCACAUUUUUGUUUUGUUUUUUGUUUUAACCAUAGACUGGCAUUAGAGAGUACGGCGUGCCUGUCGGGUUUUAUCGCUGGCCUCGUCAUUACAACAACAAAAAAGAGAAAUGUCAGAUCCUGCUUCUGCUCCGGACAACAGGCAUCACCCGAAAACUCCGGGUCCCCCGACAGGUGGGAGCGGCGCAGCCUGGGAGCCUCCCGGAGCCAGUGAGGACCGCGGCGCUAGGGGGCGCUCUGCAGAAGACCAGCGGUUAGACCGCAGCAACUCCCAACCGCAGGAGCUGGGAGACCGAGAGGCGAGUCCCGGUAGAGCCCUGCCUAGGUACCCAGCGGCGGCACAGCCGUGCCAGGCGCCCGGCGGGGACGCGGGUGGGACGGAUGUUUCCGUGGAGCACGGCCGCAGCGGUGACCGGCCUGGGGAAGGUAAUCGGAGCCAAGUCCGGGGCGAGAGCGGCGUGGCUGUUCGGCGGCUGAACCACGGUUGCCCUGGCGGAGGGGGAGGCGGGGUUCAGAGCUUGCCCGGUAAAAAGAAACACCGGCGGCGGCCCUCCAAGAAGAAGCGUCGCUGGAAGCCGUAUUUCAAGCUGUCCUGGGAGGAGAAGAAGGAGCUGGACGAGCGGGAGACGGCGCGGGCCUCCCGGGUGCGGGAGGAGAUGUUCGCCAAGGGCCUGCCGGUCGCUCCCUACAACACCACGCAGUUCCUGAUGGAGGAGCACGACCGGGAGGAGCCCGACCUCAAGACCGAGCUGGGGGCGCGGAGGCCGGCGGGGCUCAGCCGCUCCGAGGACACGGCCAGCGAGGAGGAGUUCAUGGAGCCGGAGGAGGACGAGGACGGCAGCGGCGGCAGUGACGGCAUGGGCAGAGCCGGGGACGGCGGCGGGGAGUUCCUGCAGAGGGACUUCUCCGAAACCUACGAGAAGUACCACGCCGAGAGCCUGCAGAACAAGAGCAAGCAGGAGCUGGUGCGGGAGUACCUGGAGCUGGAGAAGUGCCUCUCCCGCCUGGAGGACGAGAACAACCGGCUGAGGCUCCGGCUCGGCAAGAGCGGCGACAGCCCCGCGGCAGAGAGCCCCAGGGUGAGAGAGCUGGAGGGGGAGCUGGAGAGACUGAGGGCGCUCAACACAGCGCUGAGCACCGAGAACGAGGGCUGGAGACGCGGGGAGAGGGGACCCGCUGGCUCCACGGCGGAAUGAACUCUUAAAAACAGCGAGACUCUCGAAGAGAAGCACGAAUAGCAUUUCUGAAUGAGCCUGUGUGUGGAAGUACGGUAGUUACUUUUAUAAAUCCGACGUCAUCAAUAUUGUUAUAAAUAUUAAUAUUUUAUUUUUUUUUAAAUCGAAGACGUCUUCUUUUUGAGGGAUUUAUAAACACAACUACUUUUUAACGUGUUGGUCCUGUUAAUUACAAUAUUUGUGUACACUUUUUGUCCCCCCCCCCCAAAAAAAAAAAAAGUUAAAGACUUUUUACACUUUCAAUAUGGAAUGUAUAUAUUUUAAAGCGAAAAAAGAUGAACUGAAGCUUUUUAUUAAUCCAGAAACGAGUUGGAUGAGUGUCUUGUGUUUACUUCAAAUUGUACGUGAAUCCAGGUCACGCUCCCCCUCCCCCGGUCCUCCCCGGUCCUCCCCGGUCCUCCCCCGGUCCCCGGUCCCCGGUCCCCGGUCCCUGAUUGUGAUCGGUGGUAUUUUUACAUUGAGUGGCGCUGAACCCGACAUGCACGUUUGGUUUGUUGCUUAAUGCAUCGAAAAUAAUAACGACAAGACCAUUCAAAACAUGGUGAAUACAGCAAGUUUACUGUUAAAUACGUUUGAGUAACUUUGUAAAUGUAUAAUAUAUAUAUGUGUGUGUGUACCACGGAGGGGGUUUGUGCGCUGUUUUUGUUUGUUUGUUUGUUUUUUGUAAUAAAAUGGUGACGGCGCUGGCAGAAGGGCGCGCAGUUUCCAGGUGUAA